AUGGACACCGGCACGACCCUCGCUCUCAUCGACGACGACAGCUGCCGAGCCAUCUACGCAGCGAUCCCGGGCUCAAAAUAUGACGCUGAUCAAGGAGGCUUUGUGUUUCCUGCCAAUACGCCGAGGGAGAAGUUGCCAGUGCUGAAGGUGGCGAUUGGGGAUUGUGAGUGUGUUGUGGAUCCAGAUGAUGUGGGUUUUGCGGAUGUGGGAGGGGGAAUGAUGUUUGGGGGCUGGCAAAGUAGAGGGAAUAUGGCAUUUAGCAUUUUUGGAGGGAGCCUGUUGAAGAGUAUGUAUGCGAUUUUCGAUCAGGGUGGGAAGAGGUUUGGCUGGGUACAACGAGAGGACUUGCAAGGGAAGAGGUGA